CGAACUUAGAACGACGCAUCGUUUGUCUUCGGAACUGACAUACGAUCCUGCAGUUACCAAUGAGAUUUCGGGGCGUGCUAUUGCAUACGGGUGCACUCAAACUCUCCCAAACCUGCGUUAAACUUGACGCGCAUUGCUCUCACGAUCUCCAGUCCGUCUCCAUUGAUAUCUCAGUGCAAUGCGUCUCGCAGCCGUUACUCUUUCCGUCAACAACCCAGACGAGCCCGUCAGGCUGACCAAAGAGCAGCUUUUUCGAGGUCUGCUCGCGAAGGCCCGUGAUCCAACGCAAUCCAUCCACGUAAUCGUAAGAUGCGAUAUCCUGGAUACGUUUCCGACAGGUCUGCGAUGCGAAGUUGAGCUCGCAGACCGGCCAGGGGCAGUGCACGAGAUGUUCGAGUUCUUUCCACCAUCAAAGGUCGUCUCGACCAUGACAUCGCCCUCGACAGCAGAACGCCUUGCGCAGAUCACCAACGUGAUCAGUGCUACGCAGGAGGGCGAGAUGCUCCUUAUAUUCACGUUCGCGUGGGGGGGAAAUGGUGAGCUCGAUGUUGGCGAGGAGGCUGGGCCCUUAGACUGGAACGGCAGAGUGAGGCUUUUGGAUUUGAGAGCGUGCGUGGGACACUGGAUGAGGUCCGCCGAAUGGUAGAGGCGGGAGAGCUCUGACGCCAUAAGACCCCUCGAAUGUUGAAUCAUCGAGCCCUAGCCUCGUAGCGUGAUGCUUUCAGACAUAUGUAUCAGGU